AUGGAUGAACAUACGAAAGUAUCUGAUCAUCUAAGUGUUCUAAAUAGUAUUGUUUAUGAAUUAGAAAUUAUUGGAGUCAAGAUUGAUGAUGAAGAUAAAGAUUUGAGACUCAUAUGGUCUCUUCCAUAUUCUUAUCAGCAUAUUAAAUCUGUUUUAAUAUAUGGGAAUGAAACUUUGAGCUUUGAAGAAGUUUCUAGUAAGAUUAUUUCUGAAGAAAGAAGAUUGAAGGGUGAGGAAAAUACUUCAUCAAACUCGGUGUUGGUUGCUAGAGGAAGGUCAUAUGUGAAGAAAAACAAUGAAACGCAUUUGAAAUGUUGGAAAUGUGGAAAGCUUUGA